GUUGGAGGGGUUAUCUUGGUAGGGCCAACAGCGGACUCGCCACCGGCCUCACCCUAGCUUGUCAGCUUAGGGACUCGCAAGAGGUAGUCUUAUGACGCCGACCCACGGCUUAGGGCCCUGGUGCUUUGCACUUCCGCUCUGGGGCAAUCCAGUCUUGCCGUGUGCGGCGGGGCUUCAGGCGGGUGGCUUGGAACGUGACUUCCCAGCUCUCAUGGCGCUGCCGGGUCUGCUCACGCUCGGCACGGCAGUGCGGUGCUGGGAGGCGCUGGCCGCGGUGCGCCAGCUGGUGGCUUCCAAGCCGGCUGGUGCGCUCGGGCCGCGCCUCGCACGUCGCUGCACUAUACAGUACAAGCGGUCCGUCCUGCGCCCCAUCCUGCGCAUUACGGAUAUGGCGCGCGUGCCGCCGGAGCUGCAGUCCGGCCCGGAUGCUGCUGCCCAGUUCUCCGCGCUGCUGGCCCGUGUACCGGCGGCGUGGAGGGUGGCGGCGUCGGCCACACUGCAUGCGCCUGGCGGCGCGGCCUCCGCGCCUCCUGCCCCCCAGGCAACCCAGCUUCAACUUGCGCCUGCGUACGACGCGCUCCGCGUGCGUCACUUGGCCUUCAUCCAGGAGGCCUACAGCGGCGCCGCGCCGCCAGCGGAAGCGAUUCAUGCGCUGCGGGCGGCCCUGGCGCGGCUGUGGGCGUUGGUGUGGGAGCCGCGACACAAGGAACCGCUCUGGCGUCUGGCAGUCAAUGGGUUCACGGGCUUUGGGAUGCUUGCGGCGUGGGCCGCAGAUGGACGCGUGGAGAAAUGCCCGUGUGGGACUCAGAUGACUGCUGGCGCUAGGGUUCAUCACUUCUGGGACUGUGUGGUGGCGGAGGCUCUGCGUGAUGUGAUGCGGGAGCAUGCGAAUGUGGACAUCACACGGAACCAGUUGUGGUUAGUACAGGCGCCACCAGGGCUAUCGCAGGCGGUGUGGGACAUCGUGUGCUUGGCUGCUGUGGCGGCCCUGGAAUACGGCCGACAGCGCCUUUACGCUUGCCGUGAUGCUGCAGACCGGACUGCGGAGGUUGCUGUUGUGCGAAGGAUCGGUGUGGAGGUGAUUGCGGACUUCUGGUCACGGCUAGCUGCGUUUGUGAGUCUGCGUCGGCCUCCGCGCCGCUGGGACCUUGUCCCGAACCAGCACCCAUUCCUAGCGUCAGAUGAUGUUGGAGGGGUUAUCUUGGUAGGGCCAACAGCGGACUCGCCACCGGCCUCACCCUAGCUUGUCAGCUUAGGGACUCGCAAGAGGUAGUCUUAUGACGCCGACCCACGGCUUAGGUGAGCAGCGCUAGCGUUUGCGGUGAGCCGGGCCUGGGGUUCCUCCCCUCUCCGGAGGCGAGGAGCAUGGGGGUCAUUCGGGGAUCUCUCCUCGGGUGAGCGUGCGUGUCUCGUACGUUUUUGGGGCCCUGGCUAGUCCACGGCUGUCGUCCCACAUGUAACCUCUAUCAGCUUUGUCGUUCUACUCCGCUUGGUUGCGUUAGGGCGCCUCGGCGCCCUGACCCUCCUUGUCGGUAGUAGUUCCUGGCCGGCCUUCGUGGCCGCGCCAACCCCCUGUGGCGCCUCCAUGGCGUCCCUGGCGUUGCUUAGGUCAGCUGUAGUGCGUCAGUACUGCUCUGGCUGCGGCGCGCCACUCAGUCGGCGGCAUCAUCGUCGCCGUCCUGCCGAGCGGCCCCCGCUCUGGCAAUCUUUGCCGAACAUCAUGACUUCACACCGUGGAGCCUUCGCGACCUAGCGUGGGUGGCGCGCCUGCUCGCCGAUCGACCUCGUCCUCAUGGCUUCGCGAUGCUUCUGGCGGGGCGCUCGCUGCUGCCGGGCUUGCUGUGGCGUGUCGCUGGGCGGCUCUUUCGGUAACGGAGGGCCGAUUGGAGCUGCUGGCGACUGUUGCUGUGGGCUGCUGCCGCGGCCUGACGUGGCGCCGGGCUCGCUGCGCGUGAACAGGGGCACGCUGCGGCGGGAGCCAGGACCGGCGUCUUCCGGGCGGCGGCGGCUGGAGCUGUGGGCGCAUCUACACACCUCGUGGUGUAGCCAGUGGAGAGACCUGCUUGGCGAAUGCAGUCUGGCGAAGGCAGUCCAGCGAAGGCUGGCUGGCGCAGGCCGACUAAGCGAAGGCUGGCUGGCGCUGUCUGCUGUGCUAGGGUGUUGCGAGGAUGUGUGGACUUGGUUGGGCGGUGGGCGUGCCUGCACCGCCUGCGCUAGGUUGCGGGCGCUGUGGCUUGUGCUGUCUGGUGGGUCGGACCGGCUGGUCCUCGUGGUUCAGCGAACUUGCACGGCCCUAGGCCGUCUGCAGGAUGCAGCUUCGGGCUGCACCCAACAGUGUGAGGGCCCUGCCCUGUUGGUGCUG